GUGACAUUGCCUAUCAAAAUUGACUUUUUUGUCACAUUGUGAUAAAUUUUUUAGUUUUACAUAUCGCUUGAUAAAUUUUAUUUAAAAUGGUGAAGAAACAAUCAACUUGUAAAAAAUUUAAGGCCGCCAGCAAAGACAUGCUGGAGUCUUUCAGCCCAUGGACGUCUCUAGGAAAAGUCAUUCCGACAUCCAAGAAAGUAAAAGAAGACAUUUUCGAAUCGUACAGGCCGACUAAACAAUGUGUCGAUUAUACGAUUUCGGAAACAUACACGAAAUUCCAAUCCGGAGAUAUUAAAGUAAACGUUAAACAAACUACAGCUACUUACAAGGAUAUUCCUGAAGAAAUAUGCAGACCGAAGAAAGACAAAAAGGUUAAACAUUCCCAUGGUGCACCUCCACAAUGGAAAUUUUUGGAUGAGAUAUGGAGAGAACAUGUGGACAAAAUUGCCAAAAAAAUGAAAGUGGACAAAAAGCUGGAAAGAAAAAAAGUUAAUUUGGAAAAUAAUCAAAAACGCGAGAGAUAUCACAACAUCGUUCAAGAACUGGUUGGUCCAGACUGGUUUAUGGAACUUUGCCCGCAACAACUGAGUUCUCUGGACCAAUUACGGCAAAGACUUUCGUUAGAUAUUAGAAAACGCACUACAGAAAAUACCCAGGAGCUUCUUGCCGAAUUAGGUUUAGUUUUGAGACCUAAUAAGGAGCACGUUAGUACGGCUAUAAAACACAGUUGCGGGUGUCCGGUAGAAUUUUUGUUAGUACUAUACCAACUCAUCAAUCCAAGAAGAACGGAGUACUCUUUAAACGAUCGCUUGAUUCUUUCUGGAGUCGUGCAUCUUUCCAUAGCACAAACUUUAAGGGAACUUCACAUACGAAUACCAUCGCCUCCAAGAAUUAUUCCUGAAGAAAGGGAAAAACAUCACGAGCAGAAAAAGAAAAAAGUGAGAUAUAAAUCUCCUUACUUACAGCCGUUGACUUACGAUCCACCGCCACCUAAGUUUUCUGGAAUAUACAGGAAUAAACAUCGGCAACGUCCAGAAAGCCCAUAUUUUUCUUAUUUAUAUUUCUAUGAAUUAGACAAAAUACAUAAUGACUUUUGUUUUAAUUAUUCUAUGCAUGCCAAAGACCCGGCAAAAAGAGCUAGAGUUUCAGAAUACCAGGACGCUCAGCAGUUCUAUGAAUCCUUGCCCGGAGUUAAGAAGCAAAUGUUACAAUUAAUACCGCCCACAUCUUUGUACCAAUGUCCAAAUAUGCUCCAUCCAAGACCUAAGGUGGAUCGGUCCCAACUUCAAUUAGCUCGCCUUUGCAAAGUGUCAGUAUCGGAGCCAGACAUUUGUUUUUGCAAAGAAAAUGACCGGGGGAGCGGUGUGCAAAAAGAAAUUAAAAGAAGUUGUUGCGAGAAGCACGCUGAGAAGUAUUUAGGAUCUAUUUGCUGGUGCGAUAACUGUUUAGAGGAAAUAGCAACAAAAAGUCUAGUAAGAGUCCAUGGAGGCUUGCGAAAAGCUCCGUGUUAUUGUGAUGAACCUGUUCCAAUUAUUGAAGGCACUUUAUUAAAUAGAACAUGCGAUUGCUUUAAAGAAUAUAGAAAUAAAAUUGUAUCGGCAGCAGCCAGGCAGAACCUUCAGGAUAGAGAUAAAAAAUAUGUUAUAUCAGGUGUAGUCCUGACACCCAUUGGUCCAAUUUACAAUAUUCUAACAACAUUGGGUAAAAAAAUCUGCAAUUGUGACGAAAUCAGAAGAAGAAAAAAUGCUCUUAAAUUAGCUAAACAAGCUUUACUUUCCAACGAGGCUAAGUUUGUCAUAGGUGGCGUCACUAUGACAAAAAAUGGACCAGUUUAUAAUUUAUUAGCUGUGGCAGCUCGAAAGCCUUGCAAAUGCUUACUCAAAUAUCACUACCAACUAGGCGUAUUAGCAAUGCAAAACGAGAUCCGGCAAUAUUCAUCAACAUUAGUCAACCAGGGACUAAUAAACAGUGCUGUAGGUCCAGUUUUCAAUCUCGGUUGUGUAAUAGACCCGAAAAUCUACAAAAAGCCUUUUGACUUAGAGGAUUUGUGUCCCUGUAGUAUUAAAAAGCCGAUAUGCUUCACACACUGCCAAAAUUAUUUCGAUUAUACGGAAACUGUCGAGAAUUCAACUUCAAAAUCAACCUUAUGCGAAUCUAGUUGCGAAGAAACUUCAUAUACCAGUUCAGACCGAUCACAAUCUUCAAAGGAAUCCAGCUCUGCCACUUCAGGUGAAUCGUGUCCAUAUUGCCAUCAAACACCUGGAAUGGAUUCGUCACCAACGAGAAAAUGCGCUCGUCAAGACUUUAAAAAUCAAGAAACCCAAUCGUCCACCAGCUCAACAUUCUCGGAAUCGAGUACAUCAUUAAGUACGUCAACAGAUUAUGACACAACAGAUAAUGGGCCUAAGCCCAAUUCCAAAAACGAAGCACUAAAAGAAGAACCUAGUCCCCAUAGCACUUGCAAAUGUAAAGAGGAAUUGGAGCAUUUUAUGAAAUCGAAAUGUCCAUGCGAAGAAUGCAAUAGGAAAAUUAGGCAGGCCAAUGCAACAUACGUAGUAGGUUCUACGAGAACAACGCCGAGUGGUCAUCAGGUAAAUGUAGUUCAGGGAAUUCACCAGCCAGAAUGUGCGUGUUUGCAUGACCACAUUGAAAAUAUUCGACGAGUUGAUGAAUAUAAAAGUCGAAUUAAAGUUCGACAUGAUUUAAAGAAACAACCACAUAAGUAUUGCGUGAGCGGUGUCACAAAUACACGUGAAGGUCCCGUCUAUAUUAUUUCGGGUCUAAGACCACCUGUAGACUGCGAAUGUGCCCGAGCACUUCGCGAGAAAGAAGAACAAGAGAUGUAUGAAAAACAACGGGCAAAAAUGCCAAAUACUGGUAGGAUAAAGUAUGCGAUACAAGGUGUUAGAGCAACAUCCAAAGAAAACGUCUAUAUCAUGUCGGGCGCAGUAAAACCUACAAAAUGUGAAUGCGAAAAUCUUCUAAGCCUUUUUGAAGACGCCCACAAAAGUUGCAUGGAAGAAUACGAGCAGUUUUUAAAACAAAAAGAGCAAGCAAUUCAAGCUGUUGAUAAUGAUGAUCUAGUUCCAGGUGAGUCAGGCGAAGAUGAGCUGCCAAAUGAACCAUCCAACGAAGGCGAAGAGGCCAGUGAAGGCGAACAGGCCAGUGAAGAAAAACAGGAAGAAACGAAAGAACCUGAAGAACAUAUGCUGAUGAAUAAAGAAACGGAAGAACCUGAAGAACAUGUGCCGAUGAAUACACAUCAAGAGCAAGUCCAACAAAAUGUUGUCGGUGAGAAUACCAAUUGUGAAUCCUGUUCGUCGUCCAGUUUAGAAUCUAGCACGGAAGAAACUGAAUCUUCAGAAAAUGAAUCAUCAAAAAGUGAAUCGUCAGAAAUAGAUUCGUCUGAAUGUGGCAGCUGUCACGUUGAGAAUCCACCUGAUGUGAAACCUAUACAACUGCGCCAUGGCGAGGAAAAUCGGGAAUUUUUCCUGUCCAAACGAUUCGCGAUUUUUAGGAAAUUUCCCCGAAAUUACAAAAGACAAAUGGAAAUUCUAACCCAUAUAUUAAACGGGAUGGCUGAAGACGGAUUUCCCCUGGCAAAGCUACCUCACGUCCACAAGUUACCAAUCUUCAAACUUUGGAUGCAAAUGCGAGCCGGAAUAUCUUGGACGUACGAUGACAGAAUAAAAUACAUCUUGAAGAGCAGAACACUGUGGAAGCACACCUUCACAUGCUACCGACCUCCAAAUUCCGUAUCGAUGCCAUUCACAAAGGCCCAAGCUAGAAAAAUUACUUGGAGACAUGCCGAAUUUGUUCGGCUUACUGCGGCAAAGAAAAUGGAAGAAUUUUACAGGAAUUUGAAACAGUCCACAGUUGAAACUGGUAGAGAAAUGUUUGCAUCAACAUUUUCUUACGAAUUUCCUACAACGACAUGGAGAGAUUGCUUCUUCGCUUACACACCAAGUAAAGAAGAACAUGUAUUCCCUUAUAAAAUAUAUCAGCCGCACGAUGUCAGAUAUAUUCCUGAAAAUAAAAAAAUGCGAUGCUAUUGAUA